AGAGAGAAAAACAAAAAUGGCAGAAAAUCAGGAGCUUCAGCAGUUAGAGCUUCUGUGUAAGCAACUGUACGAGACUGUGGACAAAGACUUGCGAUCAGAGGCAGAAAAGGCACUUGUCAACUUCUCUAAUUCUCCUGACUGUCUCAACAAAUGUCAACUACUUUUGGAGCGAGGCAAUUCACCUUAUGCACAGUUACUUGCUGCAACCACUCUGACUAAACUGAUCUCCAGACCCAAUAUUGUCCUUCCCUUGGACCAGAGGCUUGAUAUACGGAAUUAUGUUUUGAAUUACCUUGCUACGAGACCCAAGUUGGCCAACUUUGUUACACAAGCAUUAGUACAGUUAUUUGGACGCCUGGUAAAGCUUGGCUGGUUUGAUGUCAGUAAAGAUGAAUAUGUCUUUAGGAAUGUAACUACAGAUGUAGGCAAGUUUUUGCAGAGUGGAUCUACCCAACAUGUAAUGGUAGGAGUGCAGCUUCUUUCACAGUUAGUGUGUGAAGUGAAUCAGGCAGAGGUGAGCAGAUCUUUAACUAAACACCGCAAGAUUGCUUCAAGUUUUCGUGACAGUCAAUUAUAUGAGAUCUUCCAAUUAGGCUGCACCCUCCUCAAACAGGCCGCUGAGAAUAUAAAGAAUCUAGACUUUAAUAAUGAAUCACAGCAUGGUUUACUGAACCAUACAUUACAAAUGGCCCAGAACUGUCUGACAUUUGACUUCAUUGGUACAUCUACAGAUGAAUCAUCUGAUGAUCUCUGUACAGUACAGAUACCUACAAAUUGGAGGGGAGCAUUCCUUGAUGGCAGCACAGUAGAACUUUUCUUUGAUCUCUAUUCUCAUCUGCCUCCAUCCUUGUCUUCUAUGGCUUUGGCAUGUCUCGUUCAGAUAGCAUCUGUUCGAAGAUCUCUCUUUGAUAAUUCCCAGCGUGCCAGAUUCCUCAACCAGUUGGUCACAGGGGUGAAGGUGAUACUUGAAAACCCACAGGGUCUAUCAGAGCCAAAUAAUUACCAUGAAUUCUGCCGACUCCUUGCACGUCUGAAGUCAAACUAUCAGCUGGGGGAACUUGUGAAGGUGGACAACUACAGCGAAGUCAUCAAACACAUAGCAGAGUUCACUGUCACCAGCCUACAGAUGUGGCAGUUUGCUCCAAAUAGUGUCCACUACCUAUUAAGUCUUUGGCAGAGAAUGGUGGCAUCAGUUCCUUACGUCAAGGCCUCCGAACCCCAUCUACUUGAGACUUUCACUCCAGAGGUCACUAAAGCAUAUAUUACAUCACGGUUGGAUUCUGUCGCCGUGGUCUUGAGGGACAGUCUUGAAGAUCCACUAGAUGACCAAGGAAUGAUAUCACAACAAUUAGAACAGCUGUCUACCAUAGGUCGAUGUGAAUAUGAGAAAACCUGCGCUUUGGUUGUUCAGCUGUUUGAUGAGGCAGCUCAAAGAUAUCAGGAACUAGUGGCCAGCUCUGCAGCCAGUGGGGUAAUAGGUGUACAAGAGGGCAGACUAACCUGGUUAGUCUAUAUAAUAGGUGCUGUGAUAGGAGGCCGUGUAUCAUUUGCCAGUACAGAUGAACAUGAUGCAAUGGAUGGGGAGUUAGUCUGCAGGGUGUUGCAAUUGAUGAACCUGACAGACAGUAGACUGGCCCAGGCUGGGUGUGCAAAGUUGGAACUGGCAAUGCUUAGUUUCUUUGAACAAUUUAGAAAAAUAUAUGUAGGGGAUCAAGUGCAAAAAACUUCAAAAGUAUAUAGAAGACUAUCAGAAGUAUUGGGGCUAAAUGACGAGGCAAUGGUGCUUAGGGUAUUCAUAGGAAAAAUAAUAACCAACUUGAAGUACUGGGGUAGAAGUGAACAGAUCAUCACAAAAACUUUGCAGCUCCUCAGUGACCUCAGUGUUGGCUACAGCAGUGUUAGGAAACUUGUCAAACUGGAUGCUGUACAGUUCAUGCUCAAUAAUCACACAAGUGAACACUUCCCAUUCUUGGGUAUUACAAACAGUACAGAGAACCAGGUGAAUGACAUGCGCUGUAGGACCACCUUCUAUACAGCCCUGGGCAGAUUGCUCAUGGUGGACCUAGGGGAGGAUGAAGAGAAGUUUGAACAGUUUAUGAUGCCCCUCACUACUGCAUUUGAUGCUGUGGGUAAUUUGAUAAGCAAUGCCAACUCAUCAUUAUUCAGAGCUGAGGAAGCAAAGCGAUCUCUUAUUGGUCUUGCACGUGAUCUGAGGGGAGUUGCAUUUGCCUUCAACACAAAGACCAGUUACAUGAUGUUAUUUGACUGGGUCUACCCAGCAUACACACCAGUCCUGCUCCGAGCAGUGGAGGUGUGGUACCAUGAGCCUUCAGUCACCACUCCAAUACUAAAGUUGAUGGCUGAACUUGCACAGAACAGGUCCCAGCGGUUACAGUUUGAUGUUUCUUCCCCAAAUGGCAUCCUACUCUUCAGAGAAAUCAGCAAAAUAAUUGUCAGUUAUGGUACCCGCCUGCUGACACUAGGGGAACAAAUACCAAAAGAUCAAAUAUAUGCAAUGAAAUUAAAAGGUGUCUCUAUAUGCUUUUCCAUGCUGAAGGCAGCUUUAUGUGGGAAUUAUGUCAACUUUGGUGUCUUCAGACUCUAUGGGGAUGAUGCCCUCAGUAAUGCACUUCAAACAUUUGUGAAACUACUGCUCUCUAUACCACACAGUGAUCUAUUGGAUUAUCCAAAACUAAGUCAAGCCUACUAUGGUCUCCUAGAGAUUUUGGCCCAGGACCACAUGACAUUCAUUAGUAACCUGGAACCAAGAGUGUUCCUCUACAUCCUUACCACAAUAUCUGAGGGCCUCACAGCACUAGAUACCAUGGUGUGUACGGGUUGUUGUGCUACACUAGACAAUAUAAUCACAUACCUGUUUAAACGAUUAACCAAAAAACAGAAGAAAUCUCACAGCACAUCAACACAAGACAGCGAAGCAUUCCUACGUAUUUUAGAACUCCAUCCAGAUAUAUUGCAACAGAUGUUGUCCACAGUCCUGAACAUCAUAAUGUUUGAAGAUUGUCGCAACCAAUGGUCAAUGUCCCGCCCACUUCUAGGUCUUAUUCUCCUGAACGAAGAUUACUUCAACAAGCUCCGUGAAAGCAUCAUUAGCAGCCAGCCUGCUGACAAACAGACUGCCAUGGCCCAGUGUUUUGAGAGUCUCAUGGAAGGAAUAGAGAGAUCUCUCCUUGUCAAGAAUAGAGACCGGUUUACACAGAAUCUUUCAGUGUUCCGUAGAGACGUUAGUGACUCAUUGAAAUCAUUGAGUAACUCUAGUAAUAAUCCGAAUGCAGAUAUGAUGAGCUAACAGCGAUUCGGGGGGAAAGGGUCAAAAGUCAAUCUCAGGUCAUUGACCAAGGUCAAGGUCAACAGAGCCUGCUCAACCUAUAUCAGCACUGUGCUGUUAACCCAGUGCCAAGAUUGAGCUAUAUGAACACUGUGCUGUUAAACUGGUGCUGAGAUAUUAGCUGUAACAGCACUUCUCUGGAAUUCUGUGCUCCUCUGCAUCCAUUGAAAUACUGCAUGUUGCAAUUAGGAAUGCAAUCACCAACGUUGCUGGAAAUGGAAAUUAAAUACACAAUACCUUUGAGUUCAACAGUUAGUUGCUAGCAGAAUUGAACAAUAAAAUGACAAAUUCUUAUUUGGCUUGUGCAGUUUUCAGAAUAUGAACCAAUGUAUAAGAAAGUAUUUUAGGCUGCUAUUCUUCCGGAGUUUAUAGCUUAAACCAAUUUCAGAAUAUAUGGAGCUUGUAUUCAUAACUUCCAUCGGAGAUUGUGGCUUAGCGCAUAUUAGAUUUUACGGAGCUUUUAUUCGCAAAUUCCGUUGGAGAUUGUGACUUAUUGUACUUCUACUUAAUUUGG